AUGGCCGAAUCUUCUAAAGAGAAUGGCGAGAAGAGUAGUGUGACUGGAAAUGAACACUUUGUUCGGGAUCUGAUCGAGGCAGUCAGGAAGGAAGAGAUUAUCUACAAACCGGGUCACAAAUUCUUCAGACAUCUGAUCAAGAAACAUCAGGCAUAUCUGGCAGUCGCUCGGGAGCUCACUGGACUUGGUUACAAAGACAUCUCCGGUGCGUUUUUCUUCAUUUUUUUGACAUGAUGACUUCUUUUUUGGACAAGCAUGAUGUUUUUGGAUGACUCAAUUGUUUUGUUUCGUAGUGAAGUCAUCAAUUUGGGCCUCUUUGGCUAAUCAGAUUACUUUUAGCCGAGCGAGUGAAGCAGAAAUGGAACACGGUCAAGACCAUGUAUUAUCGGCACAAGCCAAGUUGCGGGAAUCCCUGCACUUCCAAGAAUUCCGAGACCGGUUACCAAUUCUGCACCAAAUUGGACUUUCUGGAGGAGACCGAAUAUAAGGUAACAUUAUUUUAGAUUACAUGGUUUUGUAUUCUGUGCAUUUUAGUUCUAUCGAAAUCGGAAGACCAAUUCGAAGGAAGAGACCUCUUCCGUGGCCUCAUAUCAGGACAAUGGAGCGAUGGCCACGGUUUCCGUAAACGAAACUCAAGAUGGAAUGGACAGGGUCGGUUUUCUGUGUACAUUACACAUCGUAUCUCCCUCUUUUGACAGCUUUGCAAGGAUCGCAAAACACAUUUUUUUGACGAAUAGAAAACAUACGUUGCGCAUUAAAUUAUACAUUUCAGUUGUACGAACUGUUAAAUACGGCCGAGAAUGCUCAAUUAAAUGGAGAUCGGAACUCGGAUGGGGAUCCCCAAUAUAAUGAAGAGUCAAUAAAUGGGGAUGACAAUCGAAUUGGGAUCAAGGUAUGGUCCAGAGAUCAAAAUGAAAUGAAAUUUCUUUAGAGAUCAGCUGAAUGGAUCUUAUUCGAUGAACAAAUUAACUCGAAGAAACUCGAAUUGAUGGAUCUCCAACUGGAACAUCAAAGAAUCCUCAAUCAAAAGGCCGAGCAUCAAGUCAGACUGGCCAAAUACGAAGCAGAUCUCAUGGAAAUUAAAUUGAAAAAACUGGCCAACAAUAAUAUCUGA